AUGUCAGGCGUGCCGCCUAGCUUGCAACGUGAUAUCCGUUUUCCAUGGACAGUCAGGAGAUCGGAGAACACCGAGGGAACCCGACCAGAGGAUAUUUCCUGUCUCUCCACCCACGCUGACCUGGUGGUCAGCAGUGCUAUUAGCCAAGACACUACUCCCUGCCAACCAGCACAGCCCACCACAACAGAACUGGAGGAAGCGGCGGCGGCGGCGGAGGAGGAGGCGAUGAUGAUGAGUCCGGACAAGUUGGUGCCGCCGGCAACUCCUGCCGAGGACCAACCUUCUGAGCCUCCGUCUAACGAGGAUCUAGACGAACUGGCAAACUCACUUCUUGCCAUGCAGCAGGUCAGACUUAAACCGCUGUCCCUUCCUCCCUGCCUUCCCUCGCUUCCCCUAAUUGGCGGAGAUGCACCUGAAAAGUUAUCUUUGUGCCAGGCAUAGGCAAGAUCCACACUCAAAAGGCAGCAGAUUACUCGAAGUUAACACUGCCAAUUUGGCACGCUUUCUUAACUUAGUACGGCCGUUCCGUCUCACCUAGGGACCCCGGUCUAGAACCCUCACAGGAGGUCGUACGAGGACAGACAAUCACUUAACCCGAGGCUUAACUGGUCGUACACUAAGCUCGCUGGCUGACAAGAUCUGAAUUCAAAUCUAGAGGUCGUAGUAUGACCAACUGGCGAUGAAAUGUAAAUAAAAGUUGGCUGAUCCAGUCCCCCGGGGCUCACAAUAAAGUUGAUGUGAACUAUCAUAGAGUGUAACCUAUUCUCCAAGUGGGGUCAACAUAUUACUUCGAUAUGGAAGGUUGGGAAAUAGUUGCCCUAACGCCUAGCCCAAACCCCAAAUGUAUUGUGUCCAUCAGGUGGGGCUUCAUGACCAAAUCUUACCGGCUUUCGAUGGUUGCACAAAUUCAACUAGCUUUUCCAAAAAGGAUUCACUUAAGAUUUUGGCGGGAAUACAGUGUCGCAACACUUAGAAUUGUCUAUUCCUCCACCAGCCUGUCUUACGGGCGGACUACUACUACUACUACUACCACUAAUACUACUCCUACCACCACCACUACUACUGCUACUACUACCACUACUACCGCUGUUACUACUAAUACUACUACCACUGGCGGGAAUACAGUGUCGCAACACUGAAGAAAACUUUUUCCCCCGUCUACCACCACUGAUACGGCGAAUACUACUAAUAAUCCUACUAUUAGUACUACUACUACCACCGCCACCACGGCUGCCAAUGCUACUCUACCAACACUUACAGUAUGGGUAACUAACUGCAAUAAUACUAGCAUCAGUAACGGAGUGUUGCGACACUGGUAUCCAACCAAGAUUUUUUUCGUCUACAGUUUCCCUGUGGCAAAGGCAGCUUUCUUGAGAGGUAGUUCUUAGAAUAUAACGGCUGGAGGUGACCAACUGUUCUCCGAAGACGGGUAAAUCUAUCAGUUAUGGAUCAAGCAGGUCAAUCGGCAAUCAGCUCACUACAUGCCACGAAAACCAUAACUGCGGAAGGCAGUCUGGUUGGAUUCAGUACCCAAAAGCUUCCGAUAUUAGUCUGAAUUUAAAACGAGGGCGAUUAUGUCCGUCGACUGAUAUGUACAGUAGGUGGGCUAACUCAUGAAAUGUCAAUCAAAAUUCCGAAAUGCGUUUUCGUUUCGAAAAGAUUAAUUAAGUAGGGUUGUAAAACCAAUCAUUGUACAGCACACUUCUAUCACAAUUCAGCUACUUCAGGAUGCCGGCUUUCAAACAGACUUCUUCUCGGCUGCAUGCAGGAACUACAUUCUGACUACUUAAGUAGCAUUCAUUCUUCUCAUUGAUUUUCGAUGCCCUUAAAAAGUCAAUUAUAGUUCAUGGGAAACAUGUAUAAAAAUAUUCAUUCUUCUACUCAUUCGAUAGGAAAUUAUGUCUUCUCUCAAUUUUAUACUCGAAGGAAGGGUAUAAUUUGGUUUUAAAAAAGUUUCUAAUUUUGAGAUUCUUUUAUACCGUGAAAUGGCCGCUCAUAAAACGUCGUGCCUCUGCAUUUCCUAGUGUAGCUUGCAAAGUUAGCAAUAAGGUUCAAAUCCACUGCUAAAUUUUAUGAACCCCAUAUGAUCUCCUCCGAAUGCCGUAGAGAAAUUUACAGUUUACCAUACACGGAAAAUAUACGGCUUGUAGAUUGGAAACCCUGGAUGCAAGUAUGACGGCAGAGCGGGUUCAAAAUUAUUCGGGAAUUGGAAAAGUAUUUAAAAACCUAAUUAAGCCCUUUCUUCGAGUAUAAAAUUGAAAGAGGGUGUAAUUUCCUACCGAGUGAGUAGAAGAAUGAAUAUCUUUAUGCACGUUUUCCAUGAAAGGGUAUCGAAAAACAAUGAGAAAAAUUCAUGCUAAUUAAUUAGUCAUUUUUGCAGAAUGUAGUUCCUGCAUGCAGCUGAGAAGAAGUUUGUUUGAAAGCCGGCAUCCUGAGGUAGCUGAAUUAGGAUAGAAUUAUGCUGCACAAGGAUUGAUCUUAUAACCCUACUUAAUUAAUCUUUUCAAAACGAAAACGCAUUUCGGAAUUUCGGUUGACGUUUCACCAGUUAGCCCACCUACUGUAUGUACUGAUCCCACAUUUAAAAAAAGGCGAAUUGUUACCAUCACAUUUGUCCUCUUUCGUAAAAUGCGUCAUCCACCGAGUGCCUAACACAGUUGGCACGACAUCGGUGAGUUACGCGUGACUUUCACAGUGUCAACCACGCUCUUCCCUCACCCACUUUGCCCCGGUUGCGAGACAAUCUGAGACCGGCUGGAGGUGGGCGCGGUGACUGACAAAGUUAAGCAUCCCGUCUACACGUGCCACACACGCGCCAUUCGGACCCCACAUCAAUAAGAAUGUCAUAAAGGCCGUAUCAAGUCGGAGUCAUUACAGACUCGCGGUUGGUUCCGAAAUGGACGGAAUUAUCCCCUCAGUUGCCAGCCUUCCAAGCCACAUCUGCUAACGCUUUGUGAUGAGUUCGAACGCGUCAGAUUUAUUAUUGUGGGGAAAGCACCGAGUUGCCGUAAGGAUACGCGUACGCAUAGUUUUGCUCUGUUCAUAUCCUGGUCCCUCAUCAGUUGUACUAAUACUUGCAUUAGGGUUCCAAACCUUUGAUUAGCAGUAUCUCAAACGCCGCUUUUGCUCUGGGCUGUCGGCUUUCAUUUGAAGCACGUCUGCUUGCAGGUCAGCGAACACGAUGCGCCUAGUAGCCCCCUUUUUUGAUGGAUCGAUGCUGAAGCCUAAAAUACUUUGCACGUUGCUUUUCCCUCUAAUGUCAUCCCAUCUCACUCGUUCACUUGCAUCGGCCUCUAGUUUGUGGAGGAUUUGCAACUGGAGGUGCUCAAGCAUAGACAAGAGGCAGAACAUGAAACCCGGAAGGAAUGGCAGCCACGUCCAGAGUACGCAGAUCUCCUGAAUGGUAAGUCGAUAGUCUGUCUUUUCUACUCCCUCCCCUUAUCGUCCUCCCUCUGUUGCGAAACUCGGAAAAAUCCCGGUUUCUGCCUGUGCACGACCAAGCUUUGAGCGACAUCAGAGUCUGCACGAACCGAAGACCAGAAAGGCGGCGGCGACGGAUGCGUGCAGUGGUGCUCACAAUCCCCUAGGAAUGCGCUACCACAUGCCUCCCUCAGACAAUUUGGUGUCACCAUGCUAGUCCUAGCGCGCCGAUCAGCAGAUGAUCAGCAUUGGCGUGUUAUAGCAAGGCACGUUAGCCGGGGUUCUCUUGAGUAAUGAGGUCACAAAGAAUCACAUUUCUGACCUUGGAAGUUCUUCAAGGAGUGCAAACUCAUUUCUGCUUGCCAAUUUCCUCCGUUUAGGGACUUUGAGUUUGCAGAACAGUAUUCAUCAAAGUGGGGCAAGAUGUACAACUCUACCUGUACAUUUAUAUCUCAAGACGUCGAAGUUCGGGCCUUCCCUCACCUAUUUCAGACAAACCGUAAAAUGAGCUUUUAGAGGAGCCAAGAACGCUGGUGGGGACCUGGGGGGUCGACUUGCACGGCCGCAUUUCCUCUGCGCUAAAAAGCAUGAGAGAUUGGGCCCUGUCCUGCCGCGGAAAACCGUUGUCGCAAAACAAACUUCUAACAUAUAUACCUGGUCUUUUUUUCAACUUGCUAGACUUUUGGCAGUUGAAAAUGCAACUUUCCGGGCGAUCGGUCGCUCCAUCUCUCAAGUUCUGCCUUCCGUUGUCAAUUUCUUCCUCAUUUGUCUCCUUAAACAAAUGAAAGUUGCGCCGAGUAAAGGACCCAUACAUUGCCAAGAAACGCCCAAUGUUUGCGGUUUUCGAAUGACUCAAUUGCUAGAGCAACUCAGUGGAAACUGUUCAGGAUGCCCUGGGAUGCGUACAAGAAAAACGGCGUAGGAUGAGAGCCGCUAAGGACAAAGCAGACUGAGAUGGCCCCUUUCGACUCUUCAGACGUCGUCAGCCAGCCCAGGUUUGCAUAACCUGGGAUUGUAACCCAAACCCGUUGAUCACCGAGCGUUAAGUUCAACUCUCGAUCAUUGAUCCACGGAUCAUCCUUCGUCCUUGCCGUAAUUCCUUGUCUGUGUGCGAUUGUCUCUGAAGGCGCAACGGGACAAGCGCAUUCCGUAACCUGGUUGGUGGAAACUCCCUUCCCACAAACGGAUUACAAUAAUGAUUAUUCUGCUGGCACUUGUGCUUCCUAUCCUGAUUCGGGCCAAGAAUUUGCCUUUUCAAGUGGAUACCUUUCUUUGUAGCCGUAUUUGACACCAGUUUUUAUACUUGUUCACUUUUCAAGGUCUGGAAAGGAUCUCCGGUGUCCUCGAAACCCACAAGACGGACUAUUCUGUCGUCACGGAAACCCAAGGUAGUCCGAACUUUAAGUCACCUUUCUGUCAGAUGUGUCUGCUAACGUCUCUGUCAGUUUCUUUUUUCCUCUAUGCUCCUUCACACAAAGUUAAUGAAAAGUCAGGCUCGCAGUCGCACCUGAUUGAGGGACGGAGGGAGAGAGAUAGAGAGAGAGAGAGAGAGAGAGAGAGAGAGAGCUCGACCGUCGGGAGCGUCAACUUCCACUGUAUGCUUCACGGAAUGGGUGCAGCACCGGUUACUUGCACAUGAAUUAGUUCACAGUGAGGCAGACUUUCGAAGCAUCUACUGCACCCCGCCUUCCCUCAUCCUCCAGACCGCGAUAGCAAGGCGGUGUUAAGACGACCUGAGGUGGGUUUGUGCGCCGAUGGCAACACAGGGUCGAGACGACCGGAGGGAGAUGUGGCUGACAAGACGAGACAGCCUGUCUACGCGUGCCUCACGCGAUGAUCGAAAUGUCGCUGGUAUACCGACAUAGCUGAGACCGUUUUCAUCUACUUGGGGCAAUUUCACUCCUUUGUGUUCCUCCACACAAAGUUAAUGAAAAGUGAGGCUCACGGACGCAUCUGGUUGAGAGAGAGAGAGAGAGAGAUGAAGUUCGACCGCCGGGAACGUCAACUCCCACCGCGUGGCCCGCCGAGUAGGUGCAGCGCCGGUGGCUUCCGCAGGAGUUAGCUCAUAGUGACAGCAGUCUUGCAAAGCAUCUAUCGCGCCGUCAUCUCUCUCAUCCUCCAGACUGCGAUAACAAGGCGGUGUUAAAACGACGGGAUGUGGACUUGUGCACAUCGGCUGACAAAGCCACACAGUCCGUCUGCGUGUGCCACACACGAUUCCGCCCUAUGCAACAUAUACUGGGUUCUUAAAAAAGGAGCGCCUCUCCGAUCUAACGUUUGCGAGAGGGGGCCAUAUCAAGAAUAAGCCGUUGAGUCUGCCUUCCAUUGCUCGAGUCGGUCACCCCACAUACGCACACAGUACUGUCUACGAGGGUCGGGCUAUCCAGUCAGCUGACAGUCUUCUAUUCCACGUAAUAUUUUAUAAGCGCAUCAGGUCUGUGAUAGUAAGAAAUGUGUUCAUGUGUCGUGGGAAUUACUCACAUGCGUCAAGCCGACCGGAUGUCUGUCUGAGUGAUGGUUGACCUAACGCAAAACUUGGUGCGACCAAACGAUUAAUCACUGUUCCAUUAUUGAGCCCCACAUCUCGAAUACACCUCCUUCAGUUUUGCGAAGGCUACCAUGCUACCGCCAGUGAAGGCUCAGAGAGCUACAUCUGUGGGCUGGACCUAAAUAAGAGGGGUAUAGAGGCCUGGCUGAUGUGUGAAUAGUAGUUCUGGGAGGCCUAAAAUGCGUUUUCGAUUCAAAUAACUAGCCUUUAAGUAUUAGCCAAUAGAAACCUUUGCAUGCAGUUGUAAAUUGGGAUGGGCGUGUAGCUCGCAUGUGUCCACUAGGGGGCACUGUGUUGUGCGGGGGUUGUGUAGCUAUUUAAAUUUUUUUCACCUCCCACUACCCUCCUCUUCCACCACCACCACCACCUAGACCUUUUUAAGUCACCAACCCCCUUUGAAAUGGAUUUCAGCCGAAAAUGUGCAACUUCGACAGCGUCUUAUUGCGCUGACGGCCGAGCUUGCUGAAGUUCGUGCAGAUUUCCAAAAGGCGAAGGCUGACUUCGAGCGGGAGAUGGUUCUCCUUCGAGAGGAAACAAAGGCAGCACGUAAGUCUGUUCACUCCUACACCACCUCCCUCUCCCAACCUCCACCGGCGGUUUCGGAGUCGGACCUUCACAGUGUGUACUAGAAGCCUGUAGUUGAACUAGUCGUUUUUUUUCUGUCUAACUGUUUGUAUGCAUUUCCUUUUCUCUUCUUCCCUUAUAACCUCAUGUUCCUUUUCCGAGUGCUUUAUUUUUCAGAAGAAAAGGUAGUGAGCGAACGUUACUUUCAAUAAAUUCUCGUCAGGCCAGUACACUUAUAUGGGACGGGGUACAGGGAGUGAAAAGAGUUGAUAAAAGUUAGUUUUUAUAUUCCAGGCUGGGCAAGAGCGGAAGGAUCCAGAAAGUUGUAUGUGGUUAGCACGGAGCCUGACCGAGGUUCUUCUGGCCGCAUAGGGUCGGUUUUCGUAACCUGAUGACGGCUUCUUCUGCUGUUGCUAACAUGUUCUGGCCCAGUAGCUUAGGGUAGCUCGAGGGAACCUUAUAAAUCCCACGAAUGCUUCAGCGGGGUCCACACGAUGCCCUGAAUCCACUGCAUGCGCAAGGAUGGCGCUGUCUAUUCUCCUAGUUUCGCCUUUUGCCAGCCAUGCGGGAAGGUGCUCUCGUAUUCUUUUGGAAAGGCGCUGACUCGUACGACCAAUAUAACCUGCUCCACAGGAGCAAGUGAAUGAGUUAAUGCACAUUGAGGCGGUCUGAGGUGGCAGCCUAUCCUUGCCUUCUCUGCAUAAAAUAGGGUUAAUAGAGAGUGAUAUGCGAACUCUUGCUGUUGGAAAGGUUUCCGAGACAGCUUGGUCAAGGCGCCUUCUUAGGAGAUCACUUGCAGCGUCUCCUUGGAAAGGGACUUUAAGAAAGAACGUUUUCUUUUCGGUGGUCAGUGUGGUGGGUUUUGUGGGUCGUUCGGCAAGGUUCUACUUUAUUUUUCCUUUUUCUGCUUCUUAUCUUGACCAGCUUCUUUGCGUAUACGGGACCUGCCCUUGCUGCUCUCUGUCGUCUGGGGGGGGAGGGGGGGCGUGUAGAUAUUACAAUUUUUUCUAGCAGGUUUCGCACCAACAGCGUUUGGAGUAAAAGGGACUGUAGGUGACGGCCCACAACCACCAUAAAAACAGUUUUUUUUUAUCUUUUCCCAAAUCAGUUGAAGAACAAAAGAAGCGCUUGUAUGAGGAACGAGAGCAGCAGAUGAAGGCUUUCGAUGCCGAACGGGCGAAGUGGCAUGAAGAAAGAGCCGAGGUAACUCAUUCAGCGUGUCUUUUGCCUCCUGUUUGCUGUUGGGCCAUUUUGGGGCCAGAAAGUUGACAUCUGACCCGCCCUGCUUCUCUCUUCCAUUUACUAUCUCCCCCUUCCCCCCACCACUGCCAUUAGCUGCUCAUCGAACAAGCCAAGUCGAUGGCCUGCCAUCUCGAGUCGAAGGACCGCGACUCUACGAUAAACAGUGACUUCCAGCAAGAAAUAUAUCGUCAGGUGUGUUUUUGCGUGAUUUCACCUUGCGUCAACUAGUCUUUCUACGCGCCAAAAUAGCUGACUAGCGGAGGAAUAUAGAACUGUUAAAUCUUUUUUGUUCAAUUCCUACUUUCAGGAAUUGGAACUAUUACCACAAUCUGCAAUCUCUCAUUUGGCAAGACGACCUCCUACUGACCACACUCUGUAAAGCCGACCGCGAUUCCUUACUAAUGUCUGGCCACUUAACUAUCAAGUUUUCUAUGCACAGGAAACUGGCUGCGUAGUAGUGUUUCGAGACGCCUGUGGCGGCUUGUUACCCAAACUAGACCAAGAAAAUUUAUAUCUAAGUAAAUUUUAAGAUCGGUCAACGAUCUAAGAUCUGUCUUUUGAGCAAAGCUAACUGCAUUUGUUGUGCUUUUUUGUUAUAGUUCAUUCAUCUUUAUGGCCGCCGCUGUCCUGAGGGAGUUUUCAUGACGUGUGUUUGAAAUGGAAUGUACUCGGAUGGACUUGCGAAGCGUCAGCCUCACUCCCUGAUCCAACAUACAGUAGAUGUGCUAACUCAUUAAAUGUCAACCAAAAUUUCGAAAUGCGUUCUCGUUUCGAAAAGAUAAAUUAAGUAGUGUUGUAAAACCAAUCAUGAUGCAACAUAAAUCUUUAAUGAUCCAGUUACCUCAGGGUAUCGGCUUUCGAAAGAACUUAUUUUCGGCUGCAUGCAAGAUCUAUACUCUGCAAAAAUGACUACUUAAGUAGUAUGCAAUUUUCUCAUGGAUUUUCAAUGCCCUUAAAAAUUUCAUUAUAUUUCAUGGAAAACAUGCAUAAAAAUAUUCAUUCUUUUACUUAUUCGGUAGAAAAUCACGUCUUCUUCCAAUUUCAUACUCAAAAGAAGAGUAUAAUUCGGUUUUAUAAAAACUUUUCUAAUUCCCGAGUAAUUUUGAACCCGACCUGCUGUUUCACUUGCAUUCAGGGUUUUAAAACUACUAGUUAUAUAUUUUCCGCGUACGGAAAACCAUGCAAUUCUCUACGGUGUUAAGAGAAGACCAUAUGAGGUUAAUAAAAUUAAGCAGUGGAUUUGAGCAAUAUUGUUAACUUUACAAGCCACAUUCGUAAAUGCAGAUACAUAACGUUUCAUGAACGGCCAUUUAACGGUAUUAAAAAAUCUUACAAUUAGAAACUUUUUUAAAACCAAAUUAUACUCUUCUUUUGAGUAUGACAUUGGAAGAAGACAUGAUUUUCUAUCGAAUAAGUAAGAGAAUGAAUAUUUUUAUGCAUGUUUCCAUGAAAUAUAAUUGAAUUUUCAAGGGCAUCGAAAAUCAAUGAGAAAAUUGCAUGCUGCAUAAGUAGUCAUUUUACUCAGAGUGUCUUUUUUGCAUGCAGUCGGACAUAAAUUCAUUCAAAUGCCGGCAUGCUGAGGAAACUGAAUGAUUAUAGAUUUAUGCUGCAUCAUGAUUAGUUUUACAACGCUACUUAAUUUAUCUUUUCGAAAUUUCGGUUGACAUUUCGUGAGUUAGCACAUCUACUGUAUAUCGCGUUUUAAUGUAAAUCUGUGUCAAGACGGCUUGAUAUUGGCUUAGGUACAGUGGCUGACCUGGAACAGAGCCCCUACUUAGAUUUCAUUGUGGACGUCGCGAAAGACGAUGUCCAUCGUAUGCCCCAAUCAUGGUGAACCCAGGACGGUGACUGCGGGCUUGCACAGUACCUGCCGCACUCCCUCCGCUCUCACCCAUAUGGGUCCGGGGGCAAAACUGAGGCGGGAUCGGACUCAGUGGCUGGCAAUGCUAAACAGCCCAUCUACUCGGGCCACACACGAACUGAUCCCCUUGGUGUAACAGGCUUUUACAAGAAACAUGCGGGUGACUGGGACCCCAUCUGAGUGGGAGAGCCAUAGAGGCCACAUUCAGAACGAACCAUUGCAGCCUAACCCUCCACCCUGGUGGGGACUUAGUUACCCUGUUAGUUGGCAUCCUUCCAAGACACGACUUUUAGCGCGUCUUCAUAAUCUCGAAGCACUUCCGACUGUUUUGUAGCGAGGAGUGUGAUGAAGUGCCGUGGAGACGCAGUCCUCAGAGUCGAUCCUCCCCUCUCUCCCUCUCUUUCCUCUCCCACACACUGUUCCACUGUCCGAACCGGUCAGUCAUCUGAAUUAGGAACUGGGCGCAGACGACUGGCGCGGUGUGAAGGCCUGCGUCUAGGCGUGUCGUAUUUAUCUUGGGAUGUGUGGACUCUGUGCAGCCUGCUUAACGCGUGCCGUGCCCUAAUCUAAGCCCGGUGCUGAUCCCGCCCAUCUCCUGCAUGACUCAUUGUAGGGGUCGCCAUUCCGACAUGCAAUAAGGCACCACAUCUCUCUCUCUCUCUCAGCCUUCAUCUACAAAUUGGCCAGCAGUGUUGAUACAGGCGCGACUGUUCACAACGGAUUUUCUCCAACUAUCAAAUCGGUAAACGAGGUGGGCUCUGAGCUCAGUAACGCCUCGUGGAGCCACUGGCGACAAACGGGGUCAUAGUUUGAUGCCUGAUUGCUACGGCUGGGCAUUUGAAACCGUUGACAACUCUUGAACGUGACUCCCCCGCCUUGGGCACUGCAUAGACCUUCUAAGUAGCAUUUAUUGCCACACUAGAAGCUUCCACGCCACGCACACUUUGGCUCAAGAGGCAAAUGUACGGCCGUCUGACGCAUAUCUCUGUGGCCUGUAUUUCUGAUCCCCUCCCAGUUCUAGUCCUGUUUCUCCGUCGUAUCUCCCCCCGACAGAUAACCGAGGUACAGAAUCAGGCCAAUGCCAGGGUGGCCCAACUGCAGACCCAGAUUGACCUACUGACUGCGCGUCCGCCAUCUUCCACCACCACCGUCGUUGCUCUCAAGAGAUCACUCCCUGGAGCCAGACCGAUGACUCCCAGGAGCACUGCGACCAAUUUAGUUUCAACAGAACCUCCCCGGUGGCCGGCGCCCAUCACACCGCGUCCGACUCUGCUUCGACCGACUUUCGGCACUCCACGCACAGCUCCACCUAAGGUCACCCUUGCUGCCCCCCCUCCCCUACACUGUAGGCUUUUACACUGGGCCGACGAUGUGUUUAGUGCUAUGUAUGAUGGCUGGCAAGUGCCUCCUCCGGUUGCUAAUUCAGUGCUCUCUGGUGCACCGAUGUAAAUUUUAGUCUGGCCGGAAACGUAACUCAAAUAUAACGCAUCUACCGAAAUGUAAUUAGUAGGCGUGUUAUGAUAAUUAAAACGUUGACUUGCGGAUCCAUCCGUUGUUGCCAACUAUUUCCUGUCAGUGUCCUCCUUGUGUUUAACAUAUCACGGCAUCUGACCAAAUUUCGUCCCUUGGGGAGUUAUCAGCCUUUUCUUGCAAAUAUUUUGCCGUAUUUUUCUCAAUAUCCCUGCCAACGUGGAGCAUCUGGCUCUGUAUGCUCCUUGAUUCGGGAUAAUAGAACAGACAUACCCAUUUUUUCUGCUUCUGAAUCUGCUUAGUACCUAAUGCGUCAACUUGGAGUAAGUCAUUCGGCAUGAGACUUAAUAGGCUAAGUCCGAAAGUUUGUAGGAGUAUUCGGGCCGAAAUUUAUCAACUUUAGUGUGACAACCACAUAUUAUUCGUAGACGGCCAACAGUCAGCCAGUAGUUUUUACAUACUGCAUAAUUUAUCAUACUGACAGUGAAGACGCCGGCUAAAAGCUCUGACACGUGUUUCAUCGAUAUUCUUCCACUGCAUGACUCAGCUGCGAGGGGAUCAUAUCAGCAGCCUUUCUUGUGUGCUUCUUGGUAGAUACUCAAAUUUCGAAAUCUCCCAAAAAUUAAUGCGUUGACUUGGAAGGGGGAGUUUCAGGGUACAUCUGAGCAGAAGAAGACGCUUAUCUACCUGAUGUGUCGGAUUCCCACUCGAACCGAUCAUCGGAGGUGAUGGUCGCAUAAGGGGUUUAGGAUUUUUAGAAUUCCGUUGUCACAUACCUAACAUACAGUAGAUCUGCUAACUCAUGAAAUGUUAACCGAAAUUCUGGAAAGUGUUUUCUACCCAAAAAGAUUAAUUAAGUAGGGUUGUAAUACUGAUCAUCGUGCGGCAUAAUCCCGUAAUAAUUCAGCUACUUCAGGAUGCGGCUUUUGAACGAAUUUCUUUCCGAUCGCCUGAAAACUCCGUAAAAACGACUGCUUAUGUGGCAUGAAUUUUUCUCAUUGAUUUUCGACGCCAUUAUAAACCCUAAUAAAUUUAGUAGAAAACAUGCAUAAAAAUAUUUAUUAUUUUCCUCAUUUGGUAGAGAAUUACGUCUUCUACAAAUUCGAUCCUUGACGGGGUGUGUAAUUCGAUUUUAAAAAAGUUUGUAAUUAUGAGAUUUUUAAGGCCGUGAAAUGCCCGUUCGUAAAACAUCUUGUCUCUGCGGUUACUAAUUUUGCUUGUAAAAUUUGCAAUAUGGCUCGAAUCCAUUGACAAAAUUUUAUGAACCCUAUAUGGUCUCCCUUUAAUACCGAAUAGAAAUGUAUGAUUUUCCGUACACUGAAAUUGUACAGCCUGUAGUUUGGAAACCCUGAGUGCAUGUGUAACGGCAGAUCGAAUUCAAAAUUAUUCAGGAAUUGGAAGAGUUUUUAACGCUGAACUAUACCCUUCCUUCAAGAACAAACUUUGAAGAAGACGUAAUUUCCUACCGAACGAGUAAAAAAUGAAUAUUUUUAUACAUGGUUUCCCGUAGUAUUACAACCCUACUUAUGUAAUCUUUUGAAAUGAAAACGCUUUUCAGAAUUUCGGUUAACAUUUCAGGAGUUAGCAUAUCUAUCAUAAUCACCAGCGCCCUCAUUACCGCCGGCGGUCAUAAUCGGUGCGUUCCUUGCUUGCUCGUCCGCGCCCGAGUCGUAAAUUGCCGCAAUUUACUUGCUAGUGUUGGCUAAUUGCGCGAUAAUGACUCGACAAUUUGGCUUACCGAUAUGGAAGCGGCGCUCGCUCCCCCAUCCCUCCACCCGAGUAGUCACUCUCUCUGCCCAGGCAAAAUUUCAGCUCUGAAAAUCCGGGGGGACAUUGCGCUUGUUAAUCUCCUCGUGGCUCUGGCAGCUUGCUGUUCACACGGUUAUCACCUCCAUGAGGAUUCCGGCCUCAUCGUCGAAAGACCUGUGACCUCAGAGCCGGCGUUAUUCGUCACUGGUGUUGUGUGCCCGGCCAUCCGCGUCUCAUUUGCCCUGACGUAGUUGCUCCGCCCGUAACUGCGCCAGCUCCGAUAAACACCUCCAAGCCUUUCCCUUCGGGGCAGUGGGUCUCUCGAGCCCGUCCCUUGGCACCGGAUAGUUGCCGCCAGCCUCUCUGCAACUCCAGCUCCAAGUCGUGUGAGAAGGCGGCUGGCGGCCUCCCGGUUGUCCUUGGAGUACGGGGGCGACUGCCAAAAUUAGACAUCGAUGCGGCCUGGUCUCAUCUCGUUUGCAUAUGCAUCGGUUGACAAAGUCGCCCGAGUGGCCGUUGGCUCUGAACAGCCGUCGAAGUUAUUGCAGUUCGGUAACCGUGUCUUCUGUUUUACUGCUUCCCAACACGCCUUGAGAAUCUGAAGCGUUAUUCAACGGAAAUCCUUGUUCGGGAAAAUGCACCUGAUUCGUCUCAAGAAUUCUCUCUUUUUCUUCCUUCGCUCCAGUGUAUCGGUCCCGUUGGCGCCUCAAGUGUCUCAAAUGUGCCUCCCACCGCAACCAACCGGCCUUCAGGAGGAGGAGGAGGACGAGGCGGAGGGGGAUUCAAAACAAGAUGUCAGACGCCUGCGGCUGUUGGCGCUUCUCUCCCUGUCGCCUCGGCUGCUGCCGUCCGUCCUCGCCCCGUGCCUUCAAACCUCCCGAGACGAACUGCACCAGUGGCUCCCAUCGCCGCAGUUCCACCUGUUCUUGUCGUCUCCAGCUCAGUUACUCACCCUCUUCUCAACAGUAAAGACCAUUCGGACGAGUCAGAAGGACAGACUGACGCCGCGGCUGUCGCUGUGGUCAAACUGCCAAACUCCGCUUGGAGGAAGGCCAGUGAGCUGCAGGGUGGGAAUUGCACUUCGUCGGACUACUUCCAGCUGGUGAGUGGGUCCUUGCAUUAA